AAUUCACAAGUGGUGAUGAUGCUAAUGCUACAGAUGUCGGAAAUUCUCCUGGUGUUGAAAAUACAGAACAAGGUAUAAAGGAGACGUCCUGUAAAGUGGAAAAACUGGUCACUUCUGGUGGUGGCAAUUUAAUGAUGGAGGAUGUUAUUUUUGAACUUGGACCUGGUUGUUUAGAAGACAGUACAAUGAUAAAGUUGGUCAAGGUUAACAAUCCAAGCUACAUCAAAAGUUUGCUAGACUUGGAACUUCUUCAAAGUAGCAUAUGUCAUCUGCAAUGUCUUCCUAACGGCCUACAUUUCUUAAAACCUGCUCAAUUGCAAAUUAACAUCAAUGGGAAGAGAGGAUUCUCAGAAACAGCUUUGGAAAAGAUUGUUGCUCUUUAUGGAUCCCAUUCGAAUGAUAAGCAAAAAAUGGAAUGGCAACAGGUGGAAGACAUUGAUUUUAAUGAAUCAAGGGUUUUGUUAAACAUUUACAAGUUUUCUUGAAUUCAAGUAAAUUUUCCUGCUAAAGGAUAUUUGGAGGUGAAAGAAAGUGGAAACAGAAAUUCGAAGUGGAAGCUGAAUGUUGACGAAGAAAACUCACAGGAAGCCGUGAUAAAUAAAGAAUUGGUGUUGCAAGAGUGGAAAUACAUUGAUGAAUCAACGAAACAUAAAGAAUUGUUUUAAAAUUGAUUGAAUAUGGACGCAAUUCCAGUGUUGAGGUUAAAGAGGCGGGCAAUGUACGAGUAAUUUUCUCAGAAGAGUUUUGCAUUGGCAAAGGAAGUGAUGGAACACGUGUUUAUCUUGGACUGGGUAAGGAUGGUUACGGUAAAGCAGUGAAACAAAUACGUCGAGAUAGUUACAUCCAGCGUGCGCUGCACGAAAAGGAAAUUUUGAAUGAAUUCAACGCAAGAAGGUCGAAAUAUGUUGUGAAUUAUUCUUUCCUAGAGGAAGAGACUGGAACAGAAUAUGUAUAUUUGAUAUUAGACUUAUGUGAAGAAUCGUUGGACAGUUUUGUCAAGUCUUCUACUUUACAAGAUCUUCAAAAAGCUCUUCCCAAAAUUCUCAGACAAAUUUUGCAAGGAUUAGCUGAUCUUCAUAGCGGCCCAAAUCCUAUUCUUCAUCGGGACUUAAAGCCCGCCAAUGUUCUCCGAGACACACAAGGCAACUUUCUCAUAGCUGACUUUGGCAUUAGUCGAAUAUUGGAAAAGGAUUCUACGACACAUAAUAGCAAUCCUAACAUGGGAACUGAGUAUUGGAUUGCUCCUGAAUCAUAUUGUGAAGAUGAAGAUACAGUUAAUACGGGACGGUACAAGAAAACGUCUGAUGUAAUGAAUGCAGGAAUGGUAGCUUAUUAUAUUGCAACAAAAGGAAAACACCCGUUUGGAACUAAACCCCGUAGACUGAUUAACAUGUUAGAUGGAAAACCAGUUGGCUUGGAGGAAAUCAAGGAUGAAACAUUGAAAGACCUUCUAUCGUGGAUGUUAAACCGAGAACCCAAAGACAGACCAUCGGCUACCGUGGCGUUAAAACACCCAUUUCUUAUGUCAGAUGACGAGAAAUUUGACUUAUUAUGUAAAGUUGGAAAUCUUCAGCAGAUUAAGACAAAUGAUCCCCUGUGUAGUGUCGUUCAACAAUUGAAUAGUGAAUCCUCAGAUUGGAGAAGCCAAAUGGAUAGUGAUGUUUAUGAUUAUUUGGUGAAUAAAAGAACCUAUAACUCUUCAUGGACAGAUAGUUUAAGUCUUAUUCGAAAUAUUGACCAGCAUUGGAAAGAUCGACCACGACCUCUACCACAACCAGAACCAUUUUAUAAGAUUGGCGAUUACAGGGCGUAUUUUCUCCGAACAUUUCCUAAUCUCCCUGUUCGGGUACAUGCUGCUGUCAGGUCAAAUGAAGAAUUGAAGAACGAGCCAGAACUCAAGAACUUUUUUCCUUUUGAUGAAUGCAAACUACAUCAAAAAAAAAUUUAGAUACAACAGAACCUGUUGGGAGUAAAAAAGUAGCAAUUAAGAAAUCAUUGAUAAUGUUGAGAUCUUAUUUUGUAGAUUUAAAGAAAAACAGUUUUCACGACGUAUUUAGAUGAUAUUUCACCCCGUUUCUGGUGAAUGUAUAGCCUGUGGUAUUCAUUUAUACAAUGUAUAUAUUUAAUUUUUACUGUAAACUGUUUUGGAAAAAGACUGAAGGUGAACAUGACUUUAAAAGUUAACUUUUAUGCUUGGCUGCACUGAUAAAA